GUGGCGCUGCGGGCAGCGGGUACUGUGUGCGCCGAGCUACUGGCCUCAAGCGUGCUGAGGAUCGUGCCAGCUCCGCACCUGCCGGCCCGGUCCUCGGGCUGUCGCAGCGCGGGGACCUUCCUACUGGAAACUGCCGCUGACAUGAGUGCAGUGUCGCAGCCCCAGGCUGCUCAUGCCCCACUGGAGAAGCCGGCCAGCACUGCGAUCCUGUGUAAUACCUGUGGGAAUGUGUGCAAGGGGGAGGUGCUGCGUGUGCAGAACAAGUACUUCCACAUCAGGUGCUUUGUGUGCAAAGCGUGUGGCUGUGACCUGGCGGAGGGUGGCUUCUUCGUGAGGCAGGGUGAGCACAUCUGCACACGUGACUACCAGCGGCUCUAUGGCACUCGCUGCUUCAGCUGUGACCGCUUCAUUGAAGGCGAAGUGGUGUCGGCGCUUGGGAAGACCUACCACCCCGACUGCUUCGUGUGUGCUGUCUGCAGGCUGCCCUUUCCUCCUGGGGACCGUGUGACGUUCAAUGGGAAGGAGUGUAUGUGCCAGAAGUGUUCCCCGCCCACGUCGCUGGGCAACAGUGCUCACGUGGCCCAGGGCCUCCGGAGUUGUGGGGGCUGUGGCUUAGAAAUCAAGAACGGCCAGGCCCUGGUGGCUUUGGACAAGCACUGGCACCUGGGAUGCUUCAAGUGCAAGACCUGUGGGAAACUCCUCAAUGCAGAGUACAUCAGCAAGGAUGGGCUGCCCUACUGCGAGACUGAUUAUCACACCAAGUUUGGCAUCCGCUGCGAUGGCUGUGAGAAGUAUAUCACUGGCCGGGUGCUGGAGGCCGGAGAGAAGCACUACCACCCUUCAUGUGCGCUAUGCGUCAGGUGCGGCCAGAUGUUCUCAGAGGGCGAGGAGAUGUACCUACAAGGCUCCUCCAUCUGGCAUCCAGCAUGUCGACAGGCAGCCAGGACUGAAGACAAGAGCAAGAUGCACAGCUCUGUUUGCAGUCAGCCUUGCCCCGGCACCCUGCCCCGUGCCUUACAGGAAACCAGGACUUCCUCAGAGAGCAUUGUCUCUGUGCCCGCCUCCAGCACGUCGGGGUCCCCAAGCCGUGUGAUCUACGCUAAGCUUGGCGAUGAGAUCCUGGACUACAGGGACUUGGCUGCUCUUCCCAAAAACAAAGCGAUCUAUAACAUCGACCGCCCCGACAUGAUCUCCUAUUCGCCCUACAUUAGCCACUCGGCCGUGGGGGACAGGCAGAGCUAUGGCGAGGGGGACCAGGAUGAUCGGUCCUACAAGCAGUGCAGGACCUCCAGCCCCAGCUCUGCUGGCUCGGUCAGCCUCGGACACUACACCCCAACCUCACGGUCACCCCAGCACUACAGUCGUCCAGCUGGUACUGUGAGUGUUGGUACCAGUAGCUGUCUGUCCCUGUCCCAACACCCAAGCCCUACAUCCGUGUUCAGACAUCAUUACAUCCCCUACUUCCGAGGCAGCGAAAGUGGCCGUAGCACCCCGAGUCUCUCCGUGCACUCCGACAGCAGGCCUCCUUCCUCUACCUAUCAGCAGGCUCCGAGACACUUCCACGUUCCAGGUCCUGUAGCCCAGUCCCCAAUGUCCAAGCUCUCUGGCCUGGUGUCAGUUUUGUCCUUGGUGGUGCAGGAGGCAGGGCGCUCCAAGAGACGGGCGGGGCUGAGCCCACCGCAGGCUGCAGCCGCCAGGCGACUGGACGUGGAGGACAGCAGCUUCGACCAGGAUAGCAGGAAGAAGACAACUUGGCUGCUCCUCAAGGGAGAUGCAGACACCCGAACUAACUCUCCGGACCUAGACAGCCAGUCGCUGUCCCUCAGCAGCGGGGCUGAUCAAGAACCUCUCCAAAGGAUGCCAGGGGACAGCCUCUACUCACGCUUCUCUUAUUCCAAACCUGGCACUCUCCCAGGACCCGGGAAGAAUGGCCUGGACCUCCGGAAUGCCAACCUGGCCCCUUGUGGAGCAGACCCGGAUGCCAGCUGGGGCACGCGAGAGUAUAAGAUAUAUCCCUAUGAUUCCCUCAUCGUAACAAACAGAAUUCGUGUGAAGCUGCCCAAAGACGUGGACCGGACACGGCUGGAGAGACACCUGUCACCUGAGGAGUUCCAGGAAGUGUUUGGCAUGAGCAUCGAGGAGUUCGACCGCCUAGCUCUGUGGAAGAGGAAUGACCUCAAGAAGAAAGCCUUGCUGUUCUGACAGCUGUCAACGUCUUCCCAGGAACCUGCUGGGGGGCAGGGCUGAAGGACCCCACCAGCCCCCCUAAAAUCCCUGCCUGUACCUUGCUCUGCUUCUCUGUGUCAGUAGGGAAGGCAGGGUGCCUGCAGGAGGCAGGGUGGGGCCAGGCCCUGAGGAGCACCCAGCAGGCAUGGUCCCUUGUGUAGCAAGGAUGCUCCCGCCUGUAGUUUAGGGCCAGGUGCCAGCUUGACCCACUCCUUCCCGCCACAACUGGGCAUCAGGGCAGUGUUGCAGCCAGCUAUCCUAGGAGACGGGACAGAGCAUUCAGCCAGCCCAACACCUUCCCGGGGCACCUGGUGUGCCCACACCUGUGCUAGGCACUGGGGCACAGAGUGUCUGGGACGUGAGUCAGAGGCAGGCUUGUCGGUAGCAGACCUGACACAGCAGGAAUGGUAAGUGUGAGACUCCUCAGAGCAUGAGGACACAGCAGGCAGACUCAGGCUGAGGCAGGGGAACCGGGCCAGCGUCUGAGAGGCAGUAGGACUAUGGUUUUUUUGCAGUUAUUGUGAUGGAUCUUUUCUGGGGAAUGAAUGUCGACCUGAAAGGGUGCCCCCCGCUAGUGCUCUGUGUAUUGUGCCCUUCUCCCAGAUCACCCCUUAGUUGCCUAAAUGAUAUCUUUCAAGUUACACAGAAGUUUUUAUUUUAUUAAAAAGUAUCGCUUCCUUACACAUAAGAAGACAUAUAUGCAGAGUUUAGUUUUACGGUCCCUGAGAAGGGGAGCGUCUCCGCCUUACACCCCCACCGCACAGGCCUCUGUGCUUCCAGUCCUCGGCAUUCCUCUCAGACAGGAGCCGGUCCGUUUCCCCUCGUCCCUGCUCCUUUAUAUGUGUCACACAGACAGCCUCAGAGACACUCCCUCAGCAGUGCCGUAUGUAAAUACAUGUGAAAUGUAUCCAUCUCCUUUCCCCUCUGUUAUUUUCCCAAGUCGCGAAGAGAAGAGCGCCCCCUGAUGGCCAAAGCCCUAGAAUAAAGGUUUCCCCACUGUG